AUGACGGAAUUUAUGAAGCAUAUACUCAAACAAGGCACUGGUAUUGGCUUAGCUGUGGCCAAGAAUGUUCAUACAUUAGUGGGAGACGUUGAUUCUAUAAAGCGAAGUAUCGAAUCGGCUGAAAGAGCGAUGUACAACUUUCAGCAGACAAUAGAGACAUUGCAAACUAAAAUCAACACCCUUCAGUUGGAAAACCAACGUCUUGGAAAUAUUGUAGGAAAUUGUCAAAAUGUUCAGAUUGAAGUUAAAAGUCUUUCCAUGAAGCAAAAAGACCUGAAAACGUCGGUUUCAAAACUAGAAGGUUGGGCAAGGAAGACUGAGCGUAAUCAGCUAAAUAUGACAUCAACGCUGGCUUUGUUGGAAAAUUUCAUGAUGAAUGUAUCAAAAGAAAAGAAUGAUAAUCUGAAUGAUGAUGGAAAGAGAAUAGUUUCAUUUACGGCAGGCUUUGAUCAUUUUUCACAGCAAGAUACAAGGAUGACCGAUAUGGUAUUCCCAAAAGUCAUUACAAAUGUUGGAGGAGGAUAUAAUCCACGUGAUGGGGUUUUUACAGCACCCAUUAAUGGAAGCUAUGUUUUCUACACAGCCAUUGUGUCUUGGGAUAAUGGAAACAUAGCAACAUAUAUAGUUUUGAAUGGUAAAAGUCAAGUCAGAACAUUUGCGGAUAGCAGAGGAUUCCAGACGAAAUACCAAGAAUACGUUUACCAAACUGGAACCAACUUAGUUUGCGUAAACUUACAGUCUGGAGAUAGAGUUUUGGUUCGGAAGUAUAUUUCUGUUUUAAAGUAG